AUGGGCUCCCGGGAGUUGUGCAAGCCAGUGGUCAUCACCAACACUGUUGCCCCUGCCGAGCUGACGCCCAAACAGGUCAUGAUCAAGCCUGUGGUGACCGCCUUCCUCCUGGUGUCAGCUGUGAAGACGGCCGACUCGCAGGUUGUUAAUGUGAAGCUCACCAGCAACACGACGGUGAUAGAGACAGUCAUACCUGCUGCCUCCAUUCAGGGCACCAACAGCACCAUCAUUAAUGCCACCAGUGCCACCCAGCAGCAAACUGCCGUGGUGCUGGCCUCCAGCCUGGCCAACGCCAAACUCGUGCCAAAGACUGUGCACCUUGCCAACUUCUGCCUCAGGGCGCCCAGGCCACCUCUGAGCUCUGCCAAGUGCUCACCACAUCUCAGCAGCAAAUAAAGCAGGCAAUAAUUGAUGCGGUGGCCUCACAGCCACCCAAAACGGUGUCACAGGUCCUGGCAGUGUCCUCCCUGCAGAGUUCUGUGGUGGAAGCUUUCAACAAGGUGCUGCGCAGUGUCAGCCCAGUCCCAGUUUACAUCCCCAGCCUCAGUCCUCCUGCCAACACGGGCAUCACAUUAUAAACCCGUGGGUACAAGUCCUUGCAGUGUGGGGACUCCUUUGCCCUGAAAAGACCCUGACCCAACACUAGGACAGAUGCAGCGUGUGCAUUGAAGUGAUGUGCACUGUAGUAGGAACCUCAUUAUUGACAAGUGCAGCCUCCUGUCCCAUGCCCGUGGGCACAAGAAGGGAGUGGUGAUGCAGGGCUCCCACUUGAUUCUGAAGCCGGUCCCAGCAGAUCAAAUGCUCAUUUCUCCAUCAAGCAGUAUCCUGCUUCAUCUUCCACUCUCCUGAGCUCCAUGGGAGCCGGCACCCACACUGUAACAUAAAUUCAGUCUGACGUAACUGAGAUGGUCACAUCAGCCCCUUUGAGCACACCCAUCCUUCCAGCUGUGCCCCUGGAUGAAGACC